AUGGUUCCUCAAGGUCAACAUAGAGGUAGAUUUAAUGCACCAUCUCAAGUAAAAAUGGCUGUAGUAAUGAUUGGAGAAGAAUAUGGAAAUCGCGAUAUAAUUUUAUCUAGAAAAGACGAAAAGUUACAACGAAUAAGUGAAAUUCAUAGGUCUUAUGAUUCUCUAGAAUAUCCACUGAUAUUUCUACACGGUGAAGAUGGUUAUGCUAUUGAUAUUUUGUCAUUUAAUGUUAAUUUAAAUGAAUACAAUAGUCAUAAAACUGUUUCUUCAAAACAUUAUAGACUGAUGGUGAGGCAUCAUAUCUACAAUCAUUUACAUAAUUAUAGAAAACUUAUUAAUAAAUAUUGGGUUGAUAUGUAUGCCAAAAUAGAAUCAGAACGGCUUUUAUUUAUACGGAAUAAUCAAUCAAAAUUAAGAGCGGAAGAUUAUAUUCAUUUACGUGAUGCUAUAGAAAAUGAUGGUCAAGUGAAUGACAUUGGACAACUUUUUAUUUUACCUUCUUCAUUUACAGGAGGUCCAAGAUACAUGCACGAAAAAACUAUGGAUGCCAUGACUUACGUUCGUAAUUUUGGGACUCCAAAUUUGUUCAUUACAUUUACAUGUAAUCCAAAUUGGAUGGAAAUAAAAAGAGAACUCAAACAUGGUCAAACUACACAAGACAGACACGACAUUAUCGCUAGAGUUUUUCAUCAAAAAAUUAAAGUUCUAAUGAACUUAAUUGUGAAACAUCGGAUAUUUGGUGAAACUCAGUGUUAUAUGUAUACUGUUGAGUGGCAAAAAAGUGGUCUUCCUCAUGUUCAUUUACUGCCUUACUGGUUUGAAACCCAGAUCACCAUCGACAAAGAACACAAUAAGCACUCUGAUGCAACACUGAAUUUCGCGAAAUUAAAUUCAGCGAACAUCGUGUUGAUUGCAAAUGAACAAAUGGUUCGAAUGCCAAUGCUCAUUGCUCAAUCGUCGAUCGACUAUUAUACAGCAUGA